AUGUCACGCAACGUAGGACAAGAUUCAACUUCCAAAGGCCAUUCAGUCAAGUCUGGGCCGACUUUUGCCACGGCUUUCCAUUACAUAGAACCUAUCCGACCUUCUCAAUCGACCCUCCGAUCCGAAAACUCCAGGACUCAUCAUUCGGGCAUGAGCGGCCUCUCGCCGCGCCGUCGUGCAGCUCAAGCGGCUGCUAUGAACGGCUAUGUCGCCAGCCCUGACCUUCCUCCGCCUCCUCCACCGAUCUUCGUGCGAGCCCUGUACAAUUACGAUGCUGAUGACCACACCAGUCUGAGUUUUCGCCAGGGGGAUAUAAUCCAAGUGUUGACUCAGUUGGAAAGCGGCUGGUGGGACGGCGUAAUCAACGAUGUUCGGGGCUGGUUCCCAAGCAAUUAUACCGUUGAAAUCACCAAUCCCGAUGAUUUGAGUGAGCCGGGGACAGGAGGCCACGAUGAGAGCGAGACCAGUGCUGGGUCGGGUACUGAGGAAGAUUAUGAGGAUGAAGAGGAGGAUUCAGACACUCGCACACAAGAUGACGACUCGGACUUGCCAAUCGAGGGCGGCAGCAGCACUCAGAUUCAAGAAGAGGCGGCGUUUUGGGUUCCUCAGGCGACUCCGGACGGACGAUUGUUUUAUUUCAACACGUUGACGGGUGUCAGUACCAUGGAGUUGCCUCUAGAAACACCGACCAGUGCGGAUGAGACUGGUCCUCGAGAUCGCACCAAUUUUCACGUGCCAGAACAAACGAGACCGCCUCCGGAAAUGAUGGCGGGAGGGUACGGGCAGAAUGAAGAGGAUUAUGACGGCUCUGCCUCCGAGGCGGACGGUGAACAGUCUUUCCGAUCUCCACGCAAGAAAGGCUCCAUGACUUCUGGCAGCAUUUCCACCUCAACUUCCAUGGAUUCCAUCGACGUAAGCGCAGCCCGACAAGCCGGCAAUCAAAUUCCCCAUCCUCUCACCAGCCCUUUUGGAUCUCAAUCCAAUGUCUCGAUGGCGCUCCCUCCUCUUGGAACGACGGCCACGUCCUUCACGGUAUCUCCGCCACCGAAGCUGUCUAAAUCCCCCACACCGAGAUAUUUCGUGGACGACGCAGUGGCACCCGUCACAUGGAACACUUUGGUGGAGAAUAUGCGAGCUGCCGUUGAUGCCUAUCGACAUGCCAUCCGCACCCACGCACGAGCUGACUACGUUCGACGGGCAGAAGAUAUUUCAGAUCAUCUGCGAAUGCUGUUGGCAGCGGGAUCAGGGACCACCGACAACCACUCUGGCAAUCCAUCGAUCAUUUCGUCCAACAAAGCACUCUACCCUCAUUUCCGGGAAAUGAUGUCCAAGUUUUCGAAACUGGUCUUAUCCUCUCAUAUCGCCGCUGCCGACUGGCCGGGACCGGAUGCUCUAACGAAGUGCCUACAAGAAGCCGAUGGAGUUAUGAAUGGUGUAUACGGCUACGUCGAGGUCGCCAGGCAACAAAGAGGAGAAGAGAUUCCACGAUUGAUCCCGGGCUUCUUUGUUGGAAGCCAUGUCGGCGGAAGCUGGCGGGACAAUAAUAUUGAAAGUCAAGCGAAUCUGGACGAAGUGUCGUUCAUGGAUUCCAGCGACGACUUUCGAUCACGUCCUUCAGUGCCACUGGAUGCCAAUGUGUUGCGUCGCAUUGAAGACUCGAAGAAAAAUUUGACCGCUGCCGUUCGUCGUCUCGAGGAGUCACUCGUUCUCGCUGAGAAAAUUGUGACUUCGGCCAGGCAAUCUGCAAUCGGCGACACAAUCUGUCAGGGCGCGGGUGUUGUUAUAGAUCAAUUUCGACCUUGGAUCACACAGAUCGAGUCGGUUGACCUUGCUCCACUCGGAAAUGUGUUUCAAAAACCGUCGUUGGUGGACUUUGGAACACAGAAGCAAAAGGCCUACGAUUCGAUCGGUGAAUUGAUCGCUGCCUGUCAGGCUGUGACGGCGCCGCUGCCGGACGAAUGGGCAGAAAUUCGUGGUGAGUCCUUGGAUACCCGCAUGAGCAAUGUUCGAGGAGCUUGCAAGCAACUGGACACACAUACCUCCAACGUCGGUUAUGCUUUGCAGCUCUUUCUACCAGCCACCGCUCUAAAUGCACCCGGCGUAUCGAACAAGCGGGAUCACCGCGUGACAGACGGAGGUGAAACAUAUCAGAACCAUCACUUGAGAUCGGACUCAUUACAGCGGCCUGCAUUGGCAGAUCUCGGUCAAUCAAAUUCUUACACUCUCGGCCAGGAUCCAACAAUGCCGGAGAAACUUCGCCGCCCCCCCACCAAAGACAAAGCAAGGCAGUUCUUCGGGCAGAUCCCACCCAAUCUGGCUCAGCUCAAAGCCAAUAUUGAACCUUCUUUCUCUGCGGAGGAUGUCCCCUGGUAUCUACAGCUCGACCACGCUGAUGAGGUCACAUAUGAUACCAGAAACGACCCGCCUCAGGUUAAAAGUGGCACGCUCACCGGAUUGGUUGAACAGCUUACUCGCCAUGACCGUCCUGACACGACCUUUACCACCACCUUUUUGCUCACUUAUCGAUCCUUCACGACGGCGACGGAACUCUUUGAGCUUUUGGUGAAGCGUUUCAAUUUGCAACCCCCCGCGGGUCUGAAUCGAGAUGAAUAUCUCAUUUGGGAGGAGCACAAGCAAAAGCCCGCCCGAUUUCGAGUGUUGAACAUUCUCAAGGCCUGGCUCGAGUUGUACUGGAUGGAAAAUGAUGAUGCUACCAGUCACGCUUUGCUUGAUCGGAUGAUGGCAUUUGCAAAGAGCACACACACCAACACCAAAAUCCCCUUGGCAAAGGUCCUGACCAACAUCAUCGAUCAGCGCAUGAAAGGAGGAGAAACGUCGUCCAAGAAACUUGUUUUGACGCUGACCAAUUCUGCACCGGCUCCUAUCCUCCCGAAGAACAUGAAGAAAUUGAAAUUCCUCGACAUUGAUCCGACAGAGUUUGCUCGACAAUUGACGAUUAUUGAAUCAAGACUCUACGGCAAAAUCAAACCGGUCGAAUGUUUGGCCAAAACAUGGGAAAAGAAGGGCAAAUCAGAAAGCAGUGAUACGGCACCAAAUGUGCAGGCGCUGAUCCUCCAUUCCAAUCAACUGACAAAUUGGGUCGCGGAAAUGGUAUUGGCACAUAGUGAACUGAAGAAAAGAGUGGUGGUGAUCAAGCACUUUGUAGCCAUUGCCGAUAAAUGUCGAGCAUUAAACAAUUUCUCGGCCGUGACCGCCAUCAUUUCCGCCAUGGGUACAGCCCCACUCCUGCGACUCAACCGAACCUGGCAAGCGGUCAAUCCCAAGACACAGGCGAUGCUCGAGUCAAUGCGUCAAUUGAUUUCCUCUUCGAAGAACUUUGUACAAUACCGAGAAACCCUUCACGCAGCGACGCCGCCUUGCAUUCCAUUUUUGGGUGUCUAUCUGACUGACUUGAUCUUCAUCGAGGAUGGUAUUGCAUCCCUGGUGAAGAAUACGGAACUCAUCAACUUUGCCAAACGAACCAAGACUGCCGAGGUCAUUCGGGAUAUUCAACAAUAUCAAAAUGUACCGUACACGCUCAAUCCAGUUCCAGAGCUACAGGAGUGGAUUUCAGAGAAUAUGAGGAAUGCUGGAGACGUUCAGGAAAUGUAUAACCAGAGUCUGAAGGUGGAACCUCGGGAACGAGAAGAAGAAAAGAUUGCUCGACUCCUAUCGGAAUCUGGGUUCCUAUGA